AGUGUCUUUAUUCAGACACUUUGAUCUACUACAAUACCAAAAUUGUCAAAAUAAAGAUGACCUAUUUAGUCUUAAGACUGCUUUGGUACAGCUUAAAAUACUUUUUUACUGAGAAGAACUCCACAUCCUCACAAUGUGGUAGAAAAUCUUCCAUCUGUUUCCUUCUUUCGUUUACUUGCCAAGUGAUCCGUGGCACAGCGCAGUUUUUAAACUCCUUUCAUUGUCAGGGAUUUUUAAAAACAAACUCGUCAGUUUAUUGUUGAACAUAAAUUUCGGCUUCAUUUUGUCUUGAUGAGGUUUGUUUAAUUAUUUAAAUAUAUUCAUAGUUACAGUUAUAAAACAUUGAAGUAAAUCUGGAAUCAACUGGGAAAUAUUUUAUGCAAAAUGUCUUAGCAGCGGUUGACAAAAAAAAAACAUACAACAUAUGCAAAACCAGGAACUGCAUCCUGUUUGCUGGUCAUUUAUCAAAAGGUGAUGUUGCGCUGCUGCUGUAGAUCAGGUGAAAUUUUGGUGAUUUUGUAUCAGCUUGAAAUAAACAUAAAAUGAUGAUCCGCCUGCUUCAUUUGUGUAUAUUCUUGAGCCUUAAUGCCAUUGCCAACUGUGCAAAUGCUGACAUACCUUUGAAUUUCAGUCUUGAUGUGUUGACUCUCAAUGAUCAUACUAACCUGACAUGCUGUCACCAGAAUAUAUCACAGUGCUCUUUUUACACGGACUCUGGAGAAAUCAACAAGCCAACUGCCAUACACCCUUGUUGCGAGCUCAUUGUCAGUGGAAAGAAGUUAUUACAGAGUGAACCUAAAGCUGACCAACAGCUCCUAACAACUGUUAAUGUUUACUGCAGAUCCGGCAAUGGCAGUCAUACCAGCCUCAAAGUCCCCAUUACAGUGUGGAGGCUACCUCUUUCUGGUAAACAUGCCCUCAUGUUACUGGUUAUACUGGGGACCAUGAUUCUGUUGUUUUUGCUCAUCUUAAUCCUUAUAUGUAUUUGGCACAAUGUAACCAAAAAACAAGGACGCAGAGGAGAGUUUCAUUCAUUGAGAGCUCAAGAAUUGGACACUGACACUCAAGGCCUAAAUCCUAAGGAAGAGCAGGAAGAUCAGGAAGAGAAAGCAGAGGCAAAGGAGGAUGAAAUAUUUUAUGCCACAGUAAAUCAUGCAGGUUCUGCUGGGUCUUCUGCAGUAAUGUUUGAAUUAGGAACGGACUAUGCCACUGUGGUCAUAAACUGAACACCCUGCAGCACCAAAUGAAAACAAUAAUUGAUAUCGUGUUAGCUGAAAAUGUACAAAGUGUGUAGGCAUGUCACUGCCAUAUUGUAAACAUAUUUCCUAUGGUUCAUGACUCUGUCUGGAUAUAUUAAAAUAUCAAAUAAAUGUAUAUCAAAGAA